AUGUACCGCAAUUUUAUUUUCGCACUUAUUUUAUUGGCUACCCUUUCUAUAAUAAACUCCACACCAAUCCUACAUGAAAAAAGAGGAAUUGAGUUCAGAAAAUGCAACGGCUACCCAAAAAACUCAACCCCACCCUUACUCAAUGUAAAAGUGACACCUGACUCUAUUGAACCUGGAAAAAAUUUGACGUUUGAUAUUUCCGGAUCAGUGGAUUUCGAUAUCCCAGCUGGAACCUAUCUCAAUAUUAUACUUUUCGUUCCAUCACAGUUUGGAUACAUUCAGGCUUUUGACAUGGAUCUUUGUUCGGAUACACAAUGCCCAAUUAAAGCCGGAACGGUAUAUUCCACAACUCGAAAAUUAACUAUGCCUAAACUACUUCCUUCCAAAUAUACGAUUCUAGUAUAUGAAUUGAACUACUCAUCGGAAGUUUCUGUCCCAUACAUUUGUGCAAAUGCUACUAUUGGUUCUUAA